UUGUUUAAUCAAGCAAAGCAUAUAGUCGGUCUAUAAGUUCAGUUACGCCCCAUAUGUACAGAGCAUCGACGAGGUAAUAUAUAUAACCAGAUCUAAAUACAUGGCUGCAUUCCAAGUCCUCUCUACCCAUACAAUCAAGUCACCAAAUUCAAGUGAUCAAAAAAUUGAUUUAACUCCAUGGGAUCUCCGGUACCUACUAAUUGCACCCACCAAAAAGGGUCUUCUUUAUCACCAUCCUCUAGUGCCAAACCAAAUUCAACAUCUGAAACACUCUCUAUCUUCUACCCUUGCCUUUUUCCCACCACUUGCAGGCCGUCUAGAAAUAACAGAUCACAAGGACAACACCGUUUCAUGUUCCGUCACAUGCAACAAUGCAGGCGCGCUCUUUGUCCAUGCUGCGGCAGAGAACACUUGUGUAGGUGACAUACUUGGAUGCACCUACGUUCCUCCCAUCGUCGAUUCAUUUUUUCCAUUAACCAGAGUUAAAAAUUACGAAGGCACAUCACAACCAUUGUUAGCUGUGCAAGUGACAGAGUUAGUUGACGGCUUCUUCAUUGGUUUUACAUUUAACCAUGCGGUUGUUGACGGAGAGUCCACAUGGCUUUUCAUUAAUUCAUGGGCGAAAAUCUCGCGUGGUUGUUGCAAUCAAGUAUCCAAACUCAUAACGCUAGAACGUUGGUUUCCAAGUGGUAUUCAACAUCCCAUACGAUUUCCUUUUACUAUAGAGCCACAAAAGAAUGACUCUGAUGAUAACGAAAAGUUCAAUCCAUCAGAGAGGUUAUUCCAUUUCACAAAGGAGAAAAUCGCUCAACUGAAAUUGAAAGCCAACAUGGAGAUUGGUACCAACAAAAUAUCAUCCCUCCAAUCACUUUUUACACAUCUUUGGCGCUCUGUGAUCCGUUCCAAACAAUUUGACCCACACGAAGAAGUUUAUUAUAUGGUCGCGAUAGGAGCUAGAUCAAGGUUUGUUCCACCAUUGCCUGAAGAUUAUUUUGGAAAUGCUGUUGAAGUUUGUAGGGUUACAAUGAAAGCGGGAGAGUUGUUGGAAGAUGGUGGGCUUGGUAAAGGUGCUUGGGCGAUACACAAAAUGAUUUCUUUGCAGUCAAAUGAAGAGUUGAAGAAUCACUACGUGUCUUGGUUGGAAAAUCCAAACAUCGUUAGAUUUUUUACCGCGGCCGGUAAAAAUACAUUAGCCAGUAGCAAUUCCCCGUGGUUUGAUGUUUAUGGUAAUGAUUUUGGAUGGGGAGAACCUGUGGCAGUUCGCAGUGGAAAUAAAAUAAGUGGAAUGAUUACUGUAUUUGCUGGAAAAGAAGAAGGUAGCAUGGACUUUCAAGUGUGUCUUCCUCACAAGAUUUUGGAGGCAAUGGGAAAUGACCAUGACUUCAUGGAUGUUGUGUCUAAUUAGUGUGAGUUUAAGGUUUGCAAAAUCAGUUUGGUACCACGCUAUUUCAUGCUAUGUUGAUGUAUAUUUAUGAAUACUUAUGUGUGUUUAUCUUCUUGAUCCGGAUAUUUCUUUCAUUUGAAAGUUUAAGUGUGUGUUUUGUUCUAUGUUGUCAAAAAUUGAUUUUGAGUACAAAAAAUAAAGGAUCUAUGUUUGGAUACAUUAAUGUAAAA